AUGGACGGCCCUGAUCAGAUCGGACCGGACUAUCGUCCAAAGCGCACCGUUGGCGAUCAAGUACGGGCAAUUGUUAAAAAGUUUACCACCAGGGAAGGCCUCAUCGGCGACUAUGACUAUGCCCACCUCUUUACUCCCCGGCUUCCUUUCACCAAGCAGAAGCGCAAGUCGGCUCCAUUUUUCGGCCUCGAGGAUCGCGUGCCGGUUCUGCUUGCCCUGAUUCUAGGAUUGCAACAUGCGCUGGCUAUGCUAGCAGGUGUGAUAUCGCCACCGAUUCUGCUAGGCGGGACAGCCGGUGUCAACUUUGGAGAGGUGGAGUAUCAAUACCUCGUUAGCACAUCGUUGAUUGUGUCCGGGCUUCUCUCUGCGGUCCAAAUGUUUCGAUUCCAUAUCAAAGGCACAAAAUACUAUAUCGGAACCGGGCUCUUGUCUGUAGUUGGCACAUCUUUCGCUACUAUCACGGUCGCCCAAGGAGCUUUUGCACAGAUGUAUAAAACCGGCUACUGCCCCACCGCAGCGGACGGAACGAGACUGCCUUGCCCCAAGGGCUAUGGCGCCCUUCUCGGAACCUCGUGUCUUUGCUCCUUGCUCGAAAUUGGCUUGUCUUUCAUGAGCAGCCGUGUCUUGGCGCGCAUCUUCCCUCCGCUUGUGACCGGACCAACUGUGCUAUUGAUCGGUGCCUCGCUGAUCAUGACAGCUAUGGAGGACUGGGCUGGUGGCUCUGGCUGCGGUCCUUCGCCGCGAGCUAUGUGUCCGAGUGCCAGUGCCCCGCAUGCAUUGCCAUGGGGAAGCCCGCAGUUCAUUGGACUGGGAUUCCUGGUCUUUGUGACUAUUAUUCUGUGCGAGCGAUUCGGUCCCCCCAUCCUGAAGAGCUGUGCCGUGGUAGUUGGACUUCUCGUUGGAUCGAUUGUCGCAGCUGCGACAAAUUAUUUCGAGUCCAGCGGGAUUACUGCUGCUCCCGUUGCUUCAUUCGCGUGGGUGCACACCUUCCCUCUAUCCAUCUACGCUCCUUUGAUCUUGCCGCUGCUUGCUUUAUACAUUGUCAUCAUGAUGGAGUCUAUCGGUGAUAUCACGGCCACCUGUGAUGUAUCCCGACUGCAAGUCGAGGGUGAGACCUUUGACUCUCGUAUCCAGGGAGGUGUUCUCGGAAACGGCCUCACUUGUCUGAUUGCCGGUCUGAUGACUAUCAGCCCCAUGUCAGUGUUUGCGCAGAACAACGGUGUGAUUGCUCUUACCAAAUGCGCAAACCGCACUGCCGGGUACUGCUGCUGCUUCUUCUUGGUUAUCAUGGGAGUUUUCUCCAAAUUCGCCGCCGCUCUGGUAUCCAUCCCCAGUGCUGUGCUGGGCGGCAUGACCGCCUUUCUGUUCUCAUCAGUGGCCGUCUCCGGUAUCCGAAUCAUUGCAUCGGUUGACUUCACUCGCCGUAACCGGUUUGUUAUCACUGCGAGCUUUGCCCUUGGCAUGGGUAUCACUCUCGUGCCAGAAUGGUGGCAAUAUUUCUUCUCCUACAAUGGCGAUAAUCGGUCCCUCCAAGGUCUCUUGAAUGCAGUCGACCUGGUCAUGACCAAUGGGUUUGCGGUGACAGCUAUUGCGGGAGUUAUCCUGAAUUUGCUCCUCCCCAACGAGCCAGAUGAGAUUCCCUUGCUCAGUUCGGCGGAAUCCGAAGACUACCAGGUCGAGCAACCUGUGGUCCCUCAUAGCUCUGGAAAGGAGCCCAUUGCUGUAUAA